AUGGUAUUAAACGAAGUAGAAACUUUAGUUUACGAGCUUGAAAAAUCUGAGUUAGAAGCGCCUAAUGGUUGUGCCUCACCACAAACUUAUGCUCAAUUAUUAGCUGUAUAUCUUUAUCAAAAUGAUCUUUGCAAUGCUAAGUAUUUAUGGAAAAGAAUACCAGCGAGUAUUAAAAACAACAAGACUGAGCUCCAACAGAUUUGGAUUGUCGGACAACGAAUGUGGCAGAGAGACUGGCCAGCUGUUCAUACAGCUUUAGACAUUGAAUGGACUGAUGAAGUCAGUGGUAUAAUGCUUGCCUUGAAAGAAAAUGUUCGUGAAAGAGCCAUGUCACUUAUUUCUGAAGCUUACUCGUCUGUUAACCUGACAUUACUUGCAUCAAUGACAGGUUUGUCAUUAGAACAAGCUAAAUUGUCAGCAUCGGAACGUGGAUGGAUUCUCGAUGACACCACAGUGAGACCUUGUAAAGUAGAUAAAGAACAAACACCAGUCCAAGCUUCCCUUACAGAAAGUCAACUAAACAAACUUACGCAAUUUGUUUCUUUCUUAGAGAAUUAA